AUGCACGAGUCCAUGCACAUCUUUGGGCUGGAACAUGCUCAAACGCCGUACGACCUGUACGGCGACCCAACAGAUGUGAUGGGAAGAUUUGAAGGUAUCCAAGGCCUGCUAUGUCCCAAUGCACCUCAUUUGUACCGCAUUGGAAUGGCGUCGACGCUGAAGGGAUGGCCGAGCGACAGAGGGGGCGUGUACGGCAACUUGACGGCAGCCAACUUCACACAGUAUGAUACCUUCAAUCUGUCAAUCCCUGCGGCUUACUUAAGGGAUGAUCACAUGGUGGUGGUGGAUCUGUCGCGAUUGGAACCAAAUGGCAAAAAGGCCAAUUGCCUUGACAAGCUUUUCAUCAGCUAUCGCGUUGCCAGCUCUGAGCCUACCGGGUACGACAGUGGCCUACCCCGCGCGAACAAUGGCACCGUAGUCGUACACAGUUACGACGGCCUUCAGGAUGAGGUAUGGUCCAACGGUAAACGACCAACGUACCUGGCCAGCAUUCCCCAAGGCGCUACCUGGUGGAGCUCCACAUUUGACAAAUACAAGGAUGAUGUAGGUGGCCGGCUAAUGGUGAGGGUGCAUUCGGCCAACUCGACUCACGCCCAAGUCGCCCUAUGUCGCGCCCGGUAUAGCAGGGAAUACGACUGCAGCGAUGGCCGUGAUGAUGACUGUGACGGUCAGCGGGACAAGUGCGACACAGACUGUCCCGUUAUCGGCAAGCGCCCAGCUAGGGGCUGCGUCCAGCAAUGGCCAGCAGUACCGCCCCCCAAGGAUGCCUGGAUGGAAGCCAGCAGUACCGGCCCCCAAGGAUGCCUGGAUGGAAGUGGGUGCCGUUGUGAAAGGAAACGACACGGUACCACAGGCACCGGUGAUGCCGCCUGGACCUUGCGAGUAGCUACCAAGCUUGCGAUCUAUCUAAGCCGCCUGCUGUAUCUAUCUAUGCGACUAUUUAUCUUUCUUCGGCUAGGACAGAACUGCGUACGAUCUUCACACUUCAGCAUGACUCCAGGAAUGGAAAUGGCGGCAGGUGGGCCGCAUAUAAGCCACCCAGCUGAAAUGCUUCGUCCAAAGACUUUCGUAUCACAACACUUGUGGUUCAGGGUUCAAGACCUUGCUAUCACCGUUCUCUUUGCAUGUCUUCGAACUCAGAUUCUCGUAUCGCUUCUUGCUUCUCUCGUUAAGUCGCCCAUCGUGGUCGAGACCCUGGCCUUCCUUCAGCCUCGUGACCAAACACUCACGCUGAACGGUCUGAACGCCCCUUUAGUCCAAAACAAAGCCCUCUCCAUAAAUGAACCACGCCCACCACCACGUGCUAUGAAGGCCCCCGGCAGCCGGGUAUUGAGAAGUCGAACACGCAACAACCCGUACUGCCACUACGAAAAGACGCUUGCCUUGCAGGAGGAGGAGGACGGCGAAUAUGGUAGGUGUUGGCAGGUUAUUUGUGUGACAGCAUAUAACAUUUUGUGCUACUACUGGAUUGCGGAAAAUUGCGGCAAUGCGCGGCGGAGAAGUAUUUUUUUCCAUGCCAUGUACGGCAACAUGCCGCCACCACACGGCGGAAGCUCCGCCGGGGGAUCGCUGUAUGAUGGCGACCUGCUGUUGCAGCGUGCUGACGUGGAGAGUUACCAGGCGGCGGCUUCCAAGCCCUUGCAAGCCAUGAUAAGCCAUCCGCUCUCGGAGGACGUGCUCCCGGAGGUUACCCUGUUACGGGAGCAGCGGUCAUCCCCUGCUGCUGCCGCAUCCCGACGGCUUCAUUGGGGCCCCUGCCAGCAGCCAGGGGCAAAAUGCCAGUUCACAUCCACACGGACGUCUUCGAAGGGCACCAGCACUACUGUCGUCACCUCGACGACCAACAUGCAAGGCAACGGUGGAGGCGGCGGUGGCAUGGGCCAGCAGAAGGGAUGCAGGAAGAACUGCGGUGGCGGCGGCGGCGGCGGGGGACCGCCUCCCCCUCCACCGCCAGCACCGGGCCAAACCGUCGUCGUCAACAUCAACAAUUAUGCGGGAACCCCUGGUCAAUCAACAGUCACCGCCUCGGCUUCCGCCGCUGCUACAGCAACAGCAUCCAGGUCUAAAUGA